GAAUCAGAUUAGUGCUCAUUCGGUAUACUCUACAAUAAUGUCUUAUGAUUCAGAUAUAGAGAAUCCAUUAGCUUAUAGUAGACGACUGUAUGGUCGAUAUCAUAAUAACAGUUUAGUUACCAAGAAUCCUGUUAAUCCUGUUAAGCUUGAGCCACCAACCAAUCUUGUCACCAAUCUGCAACUGAUUGUUCCACAUAACAUAUUUCAAUUCAUAUUUAAUUAUUUGCAUUAUAUAUACAUUCACGUAUCUUCAUUCCUUCAUAGCCCACCACAGGAACAAGAAGUGGACUUUGUUAAAGACGUUCUGCCAAUUUCACGUUCGACUCCACUGGAGAACUCCAGUAUUGAAAUUGUUGCCGUUAACACAAAUAUCGACCACAAUUCAGCUCAACUGCCACCACGACAGCAGAAUAGCAUAUUAUUAGAUUAUGAAGAGGAUGAGAUAUCUACUGCAAAGUUAAGCAACAGUCCUCAUGAUGUGUUACAGGAAUUGGCGUUUAAUAGAUUACGCCAACAUCAACAGAUAAAUCAACAGAGCAACACCGAUGAACCACAAUAUGGAACAGACUUGUCUAUAGCUAUCCCUAGACCAAGGAGGACAUCACCAUUCAAACCAGCACCCACUUUUCCACCUAAUUAUGAUUCCACUAUCUUAGACAUAACCAUGCCACGCAGUUCAUCACAAAUCUCAUCACUUACACUCAACCCCCAUGACGCAUACAGGAAAUCAAUUUUGAACUAUUACGUACCUUCAAAACCUAUUUCUAUGACGUCUUAUUCCAUUGUUGACAACUUCAUUUCCAAUUUCUAUAUUGACAGAAUAUCCAGCAUUUACCAAUCAGCCCAAGAUAAGCUCCAGGAUGUGAUCACGGCGAAACGACUUGACUUUCUUUCAGCUGUGAAACCGUUGACUUCUGAUCAAUUGACACAUGUUUACAAUGCCUGGAAAUCAACUAAUCCCCAUCAGUUAUUUGUGUCGAAUUUCCAAAUUGAGAUAACAACCAAGGAUCUACAGACCUUGCAGGAUGGUCGUUGGUUGAAUGACAAUAUCAUUGAUUAUUAUCUUAAUUUAAUCAUGAAAGAUUACCCCAAGGUUUUUGCAUGGACGACCCAUUUCUAUUCAAAUCUCGAAACAAAGGGGUACAAGGGUGUUGAAAGAUGGGGGAAACGAAAGAAGUUGAACCCGUUUGAAAAAGAUAUGAUUUUGGUUCCGGUCAAUAUAUCCUCAACACAUUGGGCAUUGACCGUGAUUGAUAAUGUAAAGGCGACAAUUACAUACUAUGAUUCAUUGGACAGUCAAUCUAUCGGAAACACGGCUGCAGUCACGAACUUGAAUCACUAUAUGAACAUGGAAGCAAAUCGGGUAGGCCACGCCCCAGUAGAGUAUACAUUGCAUCCACAUCACAAGCAAACUCCUCAACAAAAGAAUGGAUAUGAUUGUGGGGUGUUCACAUGCACGGCUGCAAAGUUCAUUGCGUCACGCGAAGGUUUGAGGUUUGGUCAAAGAGAUAUGAAGAUAAUUAGAAGAAGAAUGACGCAUGAAAUCAUAAAUAAUCAUUUAUUAACAGAUUAAAAAAUACCUAAAAAAGAAGACGACUUUUGAUGUUUAUCACCAGUGAAUUGUCCAACCUCACUAAUUUGCUUCUCAUAAUUGAUAAUCUUUGUGGUUGAUGCAUCAAUCUUCUUGACUAGAUAAUCAAUUCUACCAUUUAAUUUCCCUUCCAAUUUCGAUAUUUGUACUAGUUCAUUUUCUAAUUUUUGAAUAUUGUCCACUUCAAUUUUAACCAAACUGGAAAGAUAAUUUGUUUCAUAUAGUUUCCAAAUGUAUACAUCUUUAAUGAUAUUCCGGAAUGCUGCUUUAAACAAAGGACGACCUGUAGUUAUUUCAUUCAAUACACCCUUAUCACGUUUCAAUGCCACCAAAUCAUAUUUUUCUAAAGUCGAUAAAGUGUUGACAGUAUCUGGAGAUGAUCCAAACAAUGGCAGUUUAAUCAAAUCAUUAUACUUGACCUUAUCUGAUUUAGACAACAUUUUCAUUAAUACCCAAACCUGAGCAGUUGUCCAAUUGUGGUCACCUUGUUCAAUCUUAUGGUUCUCUAAAAAGAAACUGGUGAUUAAUUCAGAAGCUUGAUUAAUCAUUUCAGUAAUGGCAAUAUUUGGAGUUUCCCCCGAUUUUACACGUCUUACAAAUGCUUGUAAAUCCAACAUUCUUCCACCAAUUGGCUCAAUACAGUUUUCGAUAUUGGCGGUUUUACCCUCUGCCAAUUUUAAUUGCUCGCAUACAUAUUGUUUAGAACUUGUCAUGGAUGCAUCAGAAAGGGAAAUGUCUUUGAACACUUGAUUAGGUAAGGCAUCGUUUAAAUGUUGCAAACUUCCUACAUCAGCCGUCAGGAAUAUUACAUGGGCAAUAUUGUUUUGAACAAGGUUAGACAGCCAUUCGGCAAUCAUGGGAAAUAUGAAAUCAUUACCAGCAGUAUCUGCCUUACGAGCAAAUUUAGUCACCACGACAAUUGGCUUACAUUCAGGAUGUUGUUGCAAGAAAUCUUCUUGAUUGAGAAUCUCAACCUUGGCAUUCUCAGGUUUUCCUCGAUUGGCACGUUCAACACUCUUGACAUAAUUCGAAUACUCUUUAUCAGUUAUAUGACGAAUAGCUUGAAUACUCAACAGGAACAUUCCCUUGACCCGGGUUUCUUUACUCUCACUUAAUCCUGACUUUUGUCCAGUUAAGCCCUGGAUUCCCAAAUCAAUAAAUCUUGACAAGUUGUUUGUCCAUGUAAACACAGGGAAAUAACCCAAUUGCGAGGCAGAAUUUUUGAAUAGUGCAUUAUCAGAACGGGCUUUUGCCAAUUGGUCACAUUCAAUAAUCAAGACUCGUUUGUUCAAUUUAUCAUCAUUGUGUAACGUGUGUUCAAGAAUGAAUUCCUCUUUUCCUGACCCUGGUGGGCCCUUGACUAUGAUGAAAGUAUUGGUGUUUUCCUUGAUCCAUAGUCUAACUUGUUUUGAUUUCUCCAUUCGUUCAUACCAGAACAAAUUGUCUUCCGGUUCAAUCUUGGUUGGUUGUUGUUUUUCCGAAAGGUUCUCUUCAUCGGGAGUAUCAAUGUAGUAAUCAUAGCUUAUAGAUAUCCAAUCACGAAUAGAAGUGUAUGGUACGUAAAUCAUUCUAAACCAUUUAGAUUUCUUGUAAGAUUCAUUGCUAUGGUUGAUCUUGUAUUCAAUAAACCAUUGUCUGAUUGGAUCGAAAAUGAGUACAGCUGCAGUGGCUAAAAGCGCUAACAAGAUGGGCAUGGCUAUUUUGGUAUGAUUCACAAUGAAAUUUGUCAAAUAGUUAACUCG